AUUUUAUCCAAUUUCGAUGAACAAAAUGACAGUAUUAACAUUAAUGAUGAUGAUGAAUGGACAAAAAUUUUAUACAUUACACCGAUACCAUCACCAUUCAAGCAAGAAUAUUUCUUCUUCUAUCGAACCGUUCAUAUAUAACAAUAACAAUAAUAAUAAUGUUGCCAAACGGAAAUUACGAAAACAACAACAACAACAACAACAACAAAUGAAAAACAAAUCAAAAAAUCAUCAUUAUCGUAAACAUAAACAUCGACAUCGAUUACAACGAAAAUUUAUGAAAUUUCUUAGACAACAAAAUCUUAUAUUAAUGAAAAAUAAUGGCGAUAAACAUCUGAAAUCAUUGGAUAACAAGACAAUGAAAUCAAUGUGGAGAAAUUUUUCUAGUCAUUAUUAUUCACAAAAUCCAAUGUUACCAUUUUUUGAAAAUUAUUCUUAUGGUGUACAACCGAUGAUCGAUGAAUCAAUAUCGUCAAUUGAUCAAAAUCAGUUUAAUCAUCAUAAACGUCGAAAAAAUAAUUCAUCACCAACGAAAAAACCAAACAUUAUAUUCAUUUUGACCGAUGAUCAAGACAUUGAAUUAGGAUCAAUGAAUUAUAUGCCAAAAACCAUGAAAAUAAUGGCCAAUCAAGGUGUCCACGUGAAAAAUGCUUAUUCAACUACUCCAAUGUGCUGUCCUAGUCGUAGUUCAAUAUUAACCGGUCUUUAUGUCCAUAAUCAUAAUGUUUAUACAAAUGGUGAAAAUUGUAGCUCAACACAAUGGCAACAAACACAUGAACGUCAAACAUUUGCCACAUAUUUACGGGAUUUUGGUGGAUAUCGUACCGCUUAUUUUGGUAAAUAUCUGAAUGAAUAUAAUGGUAGCUAUAUACCACCCGGUUGGUCCGAUUGGUCAGCAUUGAUCAGAAAUUCUCGUUAUUAUAAUUAUACAUUGAAUGUUAAUGGUGAUAAAAUUCGUCAUGGUUUCGAUUAUCAUCUUGAUUAUUAUCCAGAUCUAAUACUGAAUGAUAGUCUACAAUUUAUUCGUUAUUCAAAACGUUUUUUCAAUUCCAAACCUUAUCUAAUGGUAUUGUCAUUUCCAUCACCACAUGGGCCAGAAGAUUCAGCACCACAAUAUCAGAAUCUAUUUAUGAAUGAAAAAAGUCAUAGGACCAUGAGCUGGAAUUAUGCACCAAAUGGCGAUAAACAAUGGCUAUUACGGAAUACGGACAAAAUGAGCCACAUUCAUCAGGAAUUUACCGAUUUUUUGAAUGCAAAACGUUUACAAACAUUACAAUCGGUCGAUGAAGCUGUAAAUCAAAUAUUUCAAGAGCUUAAAAAUUUAAAUGAACUUGAUAACACAUAUAUUAUUUACACUUCUGAUCAUGGAUAUCAUCUGGGUCAAUUCGGUCUAGUCAAAGGAAAAGCAAUGCCAUUCGAAUUUGAUAUACGUGUUCCAUUUUUUAUUCGUGGUCCAAAUGUUCCAUCUGGUAAAAUAUUACAGCAAAUAGUUCUGAAUAUCGAUAUUGCGCCAACAUUGUUGGAUAUUGCCGGCAUAAGAAUACCAGAACAUAUGGAUGGUAUAUCAUUUUUACCAUAUAUCCGAUUGUUAAUGAAUGAAAAUUCUUCUGAGAAGAAUUUCGAACGUUUGAAAUUGAUGAAAAGGGAUACAUUUUUAGUGGAAAGAGGGAAAUUUCAAACAUUCAAUAGCCAUAAUAAACACAAUAAUAUUGAUCGUCUAUUGAUUCCAAUUGUUGGGAAAAAACAAUGGCUACAAUUUCAAUGCCUGAAAUCGGAAUAUCAAAGUCCUUGUCGUGCUAAUCAACGUUUCGAAUGUUUCGUUAAUAUUAAUGGUGUACAACGAAUUCGUAAAUGUCCAUCAAUCAAUCGUAAAAAUUUUAUUCGUUCACAAAAAAAUUCACAAGGUGAAUGCAUUUGUCCACCAUUAUCGACCACAAGUGUUUUAAAAAGAAAUAUCGAUUCGAUACGAACACUAAAAAUGGAUUAUCAUCAUCGACGUCUGAAAAAGAUGCGACGCAAACAGCAACAAAAGCGUGAAAUGAGAUCUAAAAAUUUUUCAAAUCGUGCGCGUCGAAGUGAUAAAUUUGUUUUACGCCUCCCGGAUAAUAGAUUAUCAAUCGAUAUUGAUUUUGAUGUUCAAGGUGUUUAUGAAAUGAAAAAAUUGAUUGAAAUUUCAAAAUCAUCCAGUUUAUCGAUUGAAUCGAAUAAUAAUAAUUCUAACCACGAUAAUCGAUUAUUGUCGCCGAACAAUAAUAAUAAUUUGGCCAAUAUUACUACUAGCCAACUGGUAUCGAUACUAGACAAUAAUAAUCCUGAUGACUAUGAUACAUUCGCUGACCUGGCUAAUUAUACCGAUUAUCUAAAUCGUACAUUUUGUACAGUAACUCGUAGUAAUUUUUCGAUAGAAUGUUCAGAGGAAAUCUAUUCAAAUCAUCAAGUAUGGCGUGAAAAGAAAGAUUAUAUUAAUGCUGCAAUCAUUGAAUUACAACGACGUUUAUCUGAGUUGAAAGGAAUACGGAGAUAUAUCAAUGAAAAUAGGCCAUCAUCAUCAUCAUCAUCGUCUUUGUCGUCGUCGUCGAAUCCAUUGGUUUUAGGCAAAAAAUCAAACAACGAAAACAGUGAGGACAAUUAUUAUGAUGAUCAUCAUAAUAAAGAAAUGAACAACGAUAACAACAACAAGGAAAAUGUUAGUGAUCUGUAUCACGAUGGAAUGGGACGACGACGGCUUAUUCGACCAUCAUCAUCGAUGAUGGUCGAAUCAAAAAUUAUAUUCAUUGAUGAUGAUGAUGAUGAUGUUGGCAAUAAUCAUAAUAACAAUUAUGCUGGCCAUCAUCAUCAUCAUCAUCGUCAUCGAACGCCAUUCAAUCUAAAACGUUGGCUACGGCGUCGAGAGAAGAAAAUUCGCCGACAAGAUAAAUUUGCAAAGACUGAAUGUAAAAUGGCAGCCAAUGGACAUAUGAAUUGUUUCACCCACGAUAACGAUCAUUGGAAAACGCCACCGUUAUGGACAAAUGGACCAUUUUGUUUUUGCCAAAAUUCACUCAACUCUUCAUUUUGGUGCAUGCGAACCAUCAAUGAAACACAUAAUAAUUUAUAUUGUGAAUUUGUCACCGGUUUUAUUACAUAUUAUGAUUUGGAUAAGGAUCCAUUUCAGCUACGAAACUUGAUUUUUGAUUUAGAUUUUAAUGUUGUCGAAGAAAUGAGCCGACAAUUGGCACGAUUAAAAUCCUGUUCCGGAGCAUUCGAUUGUUCCACCACCAAUAAUGCCGUUUCAUCGACAAUCGUCGACAAUAUUCAAUCAUCAACCAAUUUGAUUUCAAAGAAAAAAACUUUAAAAUCUUUGCCAUUUCGAACAUCGUCACAGCGAUUGAUUUCAUCGUCAAUCAGAUAAUAGUAAAGAGAAUAUUUGACAGAGAAAAAAAACACGAAACAAUCAUCACCAUCAUAUAAAUGCGAUAAGUGAUCGAUAAAAUGUAUAUACAAUGUAUAUAAAGAGAGAAAUUGAAACAGAAUGGUCAAAUCAUGAGCCCGAAUCAUGGAAAAGAUGUGUGAAAAAUAAGAGAUACCAUUCGCUAAAGAACAAUUGAAUAUUGAUUUCCAUUCACUAUAAACGAUAAUUUGUGGUCGGGAAAUUUAGCAUUGCAUGAUAAAAAAAAAUGAAGAUGAAUAAAAUCAUUUAAUAACAAUGAUA